AUGCAUGUUCUGGCUGCGCAUAUACUUCAGGCCGAAAUUGGCGAUAUUGACAAACUGGAGGACUAUCUCGGCAAGAAUGGAUCCUUGGCUGACCUGAAAAUGUUUGAGAACAUGACGCCAAGAGUGGAGGCAAAGAUUCGCGACAUUUACAAAACCCUCCGGUAG